AUGAAUCAAAUAUUUGCAACAGGUAAAUUCAAUUUUGACAUUGCCCUACUUUACAACGGCAACUCGUCGAUUUCGAUUGAAUCAAUACGUCAUAUCGAGGAUAUGAUUGUGUCUCGAAUCAAGAUCAAGUGCAUGACAGCGUGUACGCUAACAAAGUUAGAAGAAAGCGACAAAAAUCUUCGGCAGUGCUCGUGUAAGACGGACAGAUAUCGUGUCCAAAUUCAGCACCUUGAAACCUUGCUGUGGUCGACAGUCAGGCGUCAUACGCAUUGA